AUGGAAAAAUCUGUUAAGUUGCUUGCUUCUUUCUCAAAUAAACAUAACAGACACAAGAAGCUUGGGAGCAGUAAUCCCUUCAGAGCCUCCAAUUGCCAUGCUAUCAAGGGUGCUGCUCCGGAUGGGCCUAGAGAUUGGCCUUCAAGCAAUGGAAAGACAGCUGGAGAGACUACAGACAUAUUUUCUGUGCUGGAGAGCUUCAGUGACUUUCUCACACAAGAUGCUUCUAGUGCAGCACUUGAUUCUAUCCAUGAGAAGGGCACAAAGGAUUUUGCCAAUCGGGCAUGUCAUAUGUCCCAGGUUCAACAGCGUCCUGACUAUAAGACCACUCAUGAUUCACUGAUCUUAAAGGAAGUUGCGGGCCUCAAUGAAGGUGAUUCUCACACUGGCAAUGGAAGGUUAGGAGAACAGGAAGUAGGGGGAUCAAACCUUGCUCAACCUCUUGAUGGUACCCUUGAUGAUUCAUCCAUGAAUUCUGGCCUGGAUCCAAAUUUUGAAAUUCCAGUGCAUGAAGAACCUAUGAAUACAGCCAACAGUCCUACUUAUGAUGACUUUUUGCAUGUGCAAGAUGUUCCUGGAGGAAAAGUUGAUGGCAGUUAUAAAGGAAAAGAUGCCACCAUGUCAAUUUCUCCAAAAAGUCACAUGAAAUCUUCUGUAGCAAGUGAGAAGGAUAAAGUGGAUAAACCUUUGAGGCAGGUGAGAAAGCGAGUUGCUUUUAAACAUGUUGAUCCAGCACAGAAUGAGGAUCCUGAGGAGGAGGAUGAGCUUGACCCUACUUACUCUAACGUAGAUGAACUUGAAGACCAUGAUGAAGAAUUCAGUUUGGAUAAUGGAUGCAGGAAGAAAAGAGCAUCUAGUUCAAAGAAGAAAUCUGUGGCAAAAAAUGGAAAACCACCACAAAAGCAUAAAAGGGCCAAUGAGGAUUGUGAUAAACCUACUAAAGAACCUCACAAAAAAUUCUCUCAUUCAACCCAACGAAGAAAAAGAUGUGUGGACAAGACUUUGCUGGAGACUCCUGAGGAUGAACUGGAUCCUCAAACAUUACGUAUCAAAGAUAUUAUACUACUUGCAGAACAUAGGGAGCGGCUAGCGAAAAAGGAGGCAAUGGCAUCAAAAACAGUUAAUGAAAGAGAUGGAGGCUCCCUUCAUGAGGCUGCUGCUCAUAAUGAAGACAUUUUGGGUUCAGAAUACGGUAGAGGCUCAGAUGAUGACCAAGCUAAUGAAAGUGUUCCAUUGGCUCCGAGUUUAUUCAAUUACCAGUCUUUCAUGGACAAGAAACCUAGAGGAAAAUGGUCAAAACAAGACACUGAACUGUUCUAUGAGGCUGUUCGGCAGUUUGGCACAGAUUUUUCUAUGAUACAACAGCUUUUCCCAGGUCGAACGCGUCAUCAAAUUAAGUUAAAGUACAAACAGGAAGAACGUCAACAUCCUUUACUCCUAUCUGAUGCUGUAAAUAAUCGUGGGAAAGGUUAAGACCUUUGCUUACUAUUUUGGUCUGUUUUUUCUUUGCAUGAUGAUUACAUUUUCUGUGCUAUAUGUAUUUUCCAAAGGUUUUCCCCAAUUAAGAGUGAUUCUACUUUUCUGAGUUUUUAUUUGCUCUCUUUAAUAAUUGUUCCUAUUUUAACAAGUUUGUGUCGCUAUAAUCAUCAAACUAUCCAUCUUGUAGUGAUCAGAAGAGGCAUUUACUUUCUCGAUCUAUGGUAGUCUAACUUUAUAGUAGAAGAUUAAAACCCGCUACAAUGUACCAUAUGACACUGUUUAUUUGAUUUCAUUGACUAUUGGAUUAUAAAUUGCUUGAUCAAACCAGUACUGCUCCUUGACGGGUUGAUUGCUUCAUUGAAAGGAAUGGCAUUUCAAGCUUUAAGGGUUAGUUAGGGUUUAGAUGUGAAUGCAAUUGUAUUUUUUAUGACUCUACUACCAUUUCCAUUUCUCAAACCUUUCAUGCCCAAUGUAGCAUCAACGGUCGAUUAGGUUCUCACUGUGAUUUGAACUUGGAUUCUUUGGUUCCAAUUCAACUGAGCCAAAGUUCAUUUGUACCUUUAUUUAUUUGUUUUUUAUGGUAGUGACUUGUGCUUAUGACCCUUGUGAUGUUUCGGUUGCUUCAUAAUGGUGCCUUUUUAUGUUAAGUGAGGGAUUUUUUUUCUUUAGUCUUGUAACUCUUUAUUGCAAAUCACUUUUAUGCUGUGCUUUUUUUUCCUUUUUUUUAAUCUUUUUUAUCAUUUUAAAAAUAUUUUAUGUAAUGUUUGCUAUGUCUAGCGCUUCUACUCCAUCUGUGACUACAAUUUCUGGUUGUUGCCUUCAUUGGCUGCUGUUAGCCUUUAUUUUCUUUAUAUUUGCCACUUUAUUUUGUUUGUUAUAUUACCGGGUAAAAUUAGUUAUAUUGUCCUGUUUGCUUUGUUGAGUUCGUUUUCUCUUGGCUUCAAUGCUUUGAUGACUAUCUGCUGCUCUAAAACUUUCCAGAAAUGAUGCAUGAGAGGCCUUUUAAGAAUAUCGGUUAUUGAGUUAAUCAUGUCAAAUAGUAAUUAAAUGAUUAGUUGGUUCAUGGGGUAAGGCCUGUUGUUGUUGUUGUUUGUAACCCAUUGAUGAAAGAAUAUAAACUAACGGGAGCAAAACUGUACACUUAUCUUUUUUUAGAUCUUCUCAUUUUAAAUCGGUUAUUGAGCGGCUGCAACUAGCUUCUGCUAAGACAGAACAAGACCCUAGAAGAGAUUCCGCAGUUGACACAACAGAAGAAGUGGUGGGCAUGACAUCCUAUCCUAAUCCUAAUCCUAAUGAAGAGAGCGAUGCAAAACCUCAGCAAGACGGAGCUGUGCAAGAUCAGGAAGAUAAUGAGUCAUUUCAUAGUGCUGAGAAAGCUAAUGAAAGUGAUAAUGAUGCCGACGACGACUUCCAAAGAUGGUGUCAAUAUAAAAGCGAUUACUAGUGUUAUAAGAUACUUUUUAUCUAAUUAAAUUAGAUUAGAAUGGGUUUCAAUCCUAGAUGUUACGAAGUGGCCCGAAAUCAAAAGCUUAGAUAUUACUCGCACCUAACCUAACCCUUAUCAGUAUUACAAAAGCUAAUUCCAGAUGGUAAAAAAAUUCUUUUUAUAUAUAUAUAUUGUGUUUUUUCUUUCCAGUUACACCAGGAAGAUUUGUACUUUAGGCUUCUCCCUACGCUCCACAACCACCCUUCCCAUUUGAAUUAGUCUCAAGUGACUUGCAAGCAUUGUAUUGAAAACCGGAUAAUAAACUGGUGAACUGAUCAGAUGGCAGGUCCAGAAUUGCGUUUAAACUAUUCUUUUGGUGAA